UACAGUAACAGCGAUAAAAACCCCUCCCGACGCGCAGGCACUGUGAACGCGUUUGUUGCCAGCUGGCAGCACAGAGGUAGCAGCGAUACAAUUACUCUGCCCAGGUAACGCGAACGUGGAGAGUUCGCAGUUACACCUUGGGAGGAGUUGCUUUGUACAACGUUCGCUCGCAAACCAGCGAAGCGACACCAACGAAUAACCCCAACCCACCACGGCCGAACGGCUCCACGCUGCAAUGCCGGAGGCGGCCAGCAGGGGGCGCCGCAGCCCGGCCCGCCAUUAGCGCUGCUGGCGGCGCUCCGGGUUCCUCCCGCGCACAAGGUUUAACUGAGCUUUGUUCGGCCUGACAGCUCCACGUUACCGCACUGAAACCGCCUCCCGUUUACACAGCUCAUCUGUGCCGCGGAAGGGGCGGCCGCACACGGCGGCGCGGGGCAGGCGGUCCCGGCCCCACCUCCGGGCGGGCGGUGACGGCCAUCGCCGGGGGCGGCCCCGCAGCAUGGCCGGGCUGAUCGACUUCGGGGACGAGGAGGAGGUGAGGAGCUAUCUGGAGAACCUGCACGUCGAGUACAGCUACCAGUGCUUCAAGGAGAAGGACCCCGAAGGCUGCCUGCGCCUGGCCGACUACCUGGACGCCGUCAAGAAGGACUUCGAGGCGGCCGCGCGGGUGCUGAGGGACAACUGCGAGGUGUACGGGCACGGCGAGAGCUGCUACAAGCUCGGGGCAUACCAGGCCAUCGGCAAAGGUGGACUCGCUGCAGACUUGAAAGCUGCCUACAAGUCUUUCUUGAAGUCAUGUGAGCAAGGUGGGAAGAAGUCAGUGAAUGCCUGUCACAGCGUUGGCCUGCUGGCCCACGAUGGCAGAGUCAACGAUAAUAAACCUGACCCAGUUGUUGCUAGAGACUAUUACACAAAAGCCUGUGAUGGCAACUUUGCUCCUAGCUGCUUCAACCUCAGUGUAAUAUACCUCCAAGGAGCAGCUGGGAUCCCUAAGGACAUGAAUUGUGCUUUGAAGUACUCACUGAAGGGGUGUGAGUUGGGUCACGUAUGGGCUUGUGCCAAUGCCAGUCGAAUGUACAAACUAGGAGAUGGUGUCGAGAAGAAUGAUGGCAAGGCAGAGGAUUUGAAAAACAGGGCAAAACAACUGCACAAAGAACAGAAAGAAACCUCGAGUUCUUUAACAUUUGGGGAGUAAAACUGUCAGUCACACUUAAGACUGCGGCUUUAAGUGUCAGGUGAACUUGCAUUUUAUAUCUCAUGAAUACACAGUUUUCACUCAAUAAGUAUCUUAGAAGUAUUUGUGUAUGCAAAUACAUGUAUAUUUUUGUGGAUGCAAUAAACAUGACCAACUCUGUGGCUUU